AUUUGCUGUUACCAUAAUGGAAUCCAAACAUUUCUGUUUCUUAAGGUAGUGGGUGUUGGAUACAAAGCAAGAGCUGAAGCAGAAGGACGCCUCUUAUUUCUCAAAUUGGGAUAUAGUCAUGAGGUUGAACUCACGGUUCCUCCCGCUGUUCAUGUUUUCUGCUUCAAGAACAAUGUAGUUUGUGGCACUGGAAUUGACAAGAAAAGGGUGCACCAGUUUGCUGCUUCUGUUCGUAGCUGCAAACCUCCUGAAGUUUACAAGGGCAAGGGUAUAAUGUACAUUGAUGAAGUGAUCAAGAGGAAACAAGGAAAGAAAUCAAAAUGAUGGGGAGCAAUUCUGCAUGAUACUGAUAGCAAAUUGUUUCUGUUAAUGGCCUUAUUAUUAUUAUAUGCAAGAUAAAUAAUGUUUACUGAUAUAAAAAUGGUUUAAAUUGUGACCUUUGUUUCGCAUGCCAGUGAAUGUUGGUGAAA